ACACGCUGAGAUCAGUAUCACCCACCCAAGAGCAUCAGAAGCAGCAGCAGCACAAGCUACAGCUCGGACUGUCUUCAGGUCUUCAAAAUAAAUCCAGAACAAUGAACUGGAGUGAUAUCUUCUAUCCUGGAAAUCCGGAAAGAAGGGAGAAGCUCAUCCGGAAAAAUCAAGAGCUUCUAAAUCUGAUGGAAAACAACUUCCGAGCCACUAACAAACUCACCGAGACUCUUAAGAAGCACUUAGGUUGGUCUUUCAGUCCGAUCACCCUGAACGAGAAAGCUACUGUGAAGGAGAACUGUGAUGUAAUCAUUGAAUGCAUACGUAAGAUCCAGGCAGAAGUGGAGAAGACUGACAUGCAGCUGAAGGAGAAGCUGGAACCGACACUGUAUGAGAAACUGAGAAACGAGAAUCUGUCUGUUAAUGACUAUCAAAUAUUCAGAAAAGCUGUUUAUGAUGUUUGUGGUGUUGGAGGCUCAGCUUCCAUUGUGGCAGUUAAUUGGCUAAUUAAAAAUGGAACAAUUCUGACAAACAUAACAUCCAGUUUUGCUAAAUUUGCAACAGGGCUUGCAGCUGGAGUUGCACUUGGGGUGGUGUUUAUGGGGAUUGAUAUGAUUGUCGGGGCCAUUCUAGGGAGUAUUGAGCGUAAUGAACUUGAGAAAGCCCUGAAAGAGUAUGAUGAAGCUUUGAAAGAAUUCAAACCAGCAUCUGUGAAAUAUCAGGAUAGCAUAACAGAGGUCAGAAAAAGAAUUGAGAUGAGUGAACAAAAUACAAGAUGAAUAAGAGAUUGAAUUAUGAUGUGGAAAAAUAAUUUGUUUAACUUUA